CCUUCCCAGGGCCGCUGGGGGUCCGCGGACCGCAGCUUCAGCGCUUCCUUCCUUCGGGGCCAUGUGACCGGAACCAGAAGGAGUUUAACCCGGAACCGCAGAGCUGGCAGCCGGUUCAUGUGAGAGUUUUUUUGGCUGUGAAGUUUCGGUUAGACGCGGAGCUCCGUUGAUGCUCCGGUAGUUCGGUAGCCGGUAGGAUGAGCUCCUCCGCGGCUCUGCACACACAGCUGGCUGCUGUCAUGGAGUCUCUGGUUCACGCUGCGGUGGCGGAGCUGCAGAAGCUGGUGGAGCCUCCGGUAACCGGACAGCAGCCUCCUCUAACCGGACAGCAGCCUCCUCUAACCGGACAGCAGCUCCCGGUAACCGGACAGCAGCCUCCGGUAACCGGACAGCAGCCUCCUCUAACCGGACAGCAGCCUCCGGUAACCGGACAGCAGCCUCCGGUAACCGGACAGCAGCCUCCUCUAACCGGACAGCAGCCUCCGGUAACCGGACAGCAGCCUCCGGUAACCGGACAGCAGCCUCCUCUAACCGGACAGCAGCCUCCGGUAACCGGACAGCAGCUGAUGGUGUGCUUUGCCUCCAUCAUGGAGACUCUGGGUAACGAGGCUUUGGGGAAGAUCAUGAACAUUGUGGACGAAGUCAAACUGUCUCAGCGAUGCGUUCAAAGACCUCAGACCAGCUUCCUGAGUAUCCUCAGCAAGGAGCGCGUUGAGGUCGAACACUCCUACGGACUCCGACCGCACAGCGACACGGACCGACCUGCUCAGGAGAAACCAGUGGAGGAAGCAGUGGAGACGCCGUUCGUCCUGGCGGUUACCGUCAAAGAUGAACACGGCAACAUCGACCUGGGAGCCAUCGCUGAGAGAGCUCGUGUGGAGUCCUCUGAGCCGGUGACCUUUGACCCCGAGCCUCCUGCCUACGUGCUGCAGAGCGUGACCUGGAAGUACUUCACGUGCACGUCGUGCGGGAAGUCGUUCCCGUCUCAGAGCAGCUUGAAGGUUCAUCAGCGCGUUCACACGGGAGAGAAACCGUUCAGCUGCAGCGACUGCGGCCGCGCCUUCCGGCAGCAUCAGAGUCUGCUGAGUCAUCAGCGCACGCACAGCGGCGAGCGCCCGUUCCCAUGCGCCGAAUGCGGCAAACGCUUCGCCAAGCGGGCGCAGCUGAAGACGCACGCGGUGGUUCACACGGGAGAGAAGCCGUACGGCUGCGAGCUGUGCGGCCGCCGCUUCAACCUGCUGCAGAACCUGCACCGACACAGCCACACGCACACCGGCAGGAAGGUGUUCGUGUGCGGCGUCUGCGGGAAAGGCUUCACGCGCUCCGUCACGCUGAAGACGCACGAGCUCAUCCACAGCGGCCAGAAGCCCUUCAAGUGUGAAGAGUGUCCCAAAACCUUCCGGCACGCCGUCAACCUGAAGAACCACCAGCGCAUCCACAGCGGCGCCCGGCCCUUCGGCUGCGACGUCUGCGGGAAGUCGUUCCGCCAGUCGGUCAACCUGAAGAUCCACCGCAGGAUCCACACCGGCGAGCGGCCGUUCAGCUGCGCCGAAUGCGGCAAAACGUUCAGCCAGCAGAGCAGCCUGAUGUCGCACGGACGCACGCAUUCCACGGAGCGGCCGUUCUCCUGCGACGCCUGCGACAAGACGUUCAACAACAGCAACAGCCUGAAGCUGCACCAGCGCGUUCACACCGGGGAGAAACCGUACGGCUGCGACGUCUGCGGGAAGACCUUCAGCCAGGGAAGCCACCUGCGCACGCACCGCAGGCACCUGCACGCCGGCGGCAAGCAGUACAUCUGUGACCGCUGCGGCAAGAGAUACGCAGACCAGCGCAACCUGAAGCUGCACAAAUGCAGCUACGCAUGAACAUCCACCAACCAACCAACCAACCAAUCAACCAACCAACCAAUCAACCAACCAACCAACCAAUCAAUCAAUCAAUCAAUCAACCAAUCAAUCAAUCAAUGAAUGAGACUGUCUCUUAAUAUGGACAGCAGCUGGGCGUCACACAGGAAGUGGACCUGUUUUAACCAAUCAGACGUGGAGCGCUCUGAUUGGAUGAUGACUGCAGCAAUGCUUUCUGGGAGUUGUAGUUUGUGACCUUUGACCUGCUGACAGCGCCGCAGCAGCAGGCUGUAAACUGACUACAAUCAAUAAUUAAAGAUCAAUAGCUGUCUCCAUGGAAACGUUGCGUCUGCCCACGGAGAUGCUGCGUUCUGAUUGGUUGGAGCCGUGCAUAUAAGUUCUGUUAAUUAUGCAUUUUUAUAAUUUUAUAGACGAUAUUUUUCAUGUUUGGAAAUAAUAAAAUCCAUGAAUGUGUGAUAUCUGUUUAAUGAGGUUUAUUUAAAUUUAAAGGGUUAAAAUGUGAAAAUAAACGUAUGAAUAACUUCA